UCUGCGCAGCCAACCCACGUGUGGGCAGCUUCCUUGUUUUUGAGGGGGUUGUCCUGAUCGACACACUGAGCGAGUUGUUUUGAAGUGUUUCUAAACUAUGGAUGAGUUACCUGCGGACCUCAGAGCGUUUCUUCUGAAUCACCCCUUUCUUGAGCUCACAGAUGGUAAAAAGAUCAGAUGUACUCUAAAUGGCCACGAGUUUCCCUGCAACCUGACGGAGCUGCAGAACUUUACCCAGGGGAAGAAAUAUGAGAAACUGAGUGCUGCAGCAGAGUUCAACUACAGCCAGUAUGAGCCACACAUUGUGCCAAGCACAAAGCAGCCCAAUCAGCUCUUCUGUAAGCUGACCCUGAGACAUCUCAACCGGCAGCCGCACCACGUCUUAAAACAUGUCAAUGGAAAACGCUUCAAGAAGGCCUUGUCUAAAUAUGAAGAGUGUGUGAGGCAAGGGAUUGAAUUUGUUCCAGCCCGAUUGACCCAGAAAAGGCCCAGAGACACCGAAGAGGUCGGUCGAGGAAAGCCUUCCAGACAUUCAAACAGCGCAUGGGAACCCUCAUCCAGUGAAGACGAUCACAGUGACUCAGAGGACAGCAUGAGUGACCUUUACCCCCCCUCCAUAUUCACUUUGAAAAACCCAGCAGAAGAAAGCAUAGAGGAUGGAAGGGAUGAGGAGGAAGAUGACUUUCAGACAGAUGAGGAUGAAGAAAUGGAGGUGGAAAAGCAGGUGGUGCAGAAACGCAAGAAGGUUCAGUCUGGUGGAUUUAAUAAGAAACCCAAAAAUAACAACUGGAGAUCAAGCAAAGCGAAAAAGAAGAAGACAAAAGCGCGAAAUGGAAAAUAAAAUCCAAAUUCCCAUCUGAAGAGUAUUUUUAUAUAAGCGGUCCCAACACAAGAGACAUUCAGUUUGGAGUGUUAUUCCCGUGUCAAAGUCAGCCUGACCCUUCCACAUCUGUUACCAAGGAUUUUUCUGGUUCCUGAGUUGGGAUGUUCCACUGGUCCAGCAAAGGCUGAUUUAGAUUGCAUAGAAAAUGUGCUAACGGAUCCUUUGGACGAGAUAAGGUGUGUUUUCCUGUUUGCAUUCAACUGCACUAGUGUAAAUUACAACUCUAUUGGAAUUUGCAAA